AUGAAGAACCAGAUUUCAGUCAUGAUUCUGCAAAUGAUCACAAGGGCCCUGUGGUAGCAGUGGAUGCCUGCAAGACCCUCUCUCUCUUUCUAAGCUGUGGUGAGGACUACAUGGUGAAACUCUGGGAUAUUCACAAGAAUUUGGUGGCCGACAUUUUUCUUGAUAACACUCUCAGCUCUGCUUGUUUCCUGAAUAGUUCUGGAGAUAUUUUAGUGGCUUUCAGAAAUGAUCUUUACAUCUUGCCUCACAGUAAGGCACUGGGUAUCUCAGCGACAGAUACAGAUGUCUCUGGAAUCUCAGCAACAGAGUCCUUCAUUUAUGAAAACCAAGCUUUAAAUUACCAAAAGGAAGGAAAAACGGAUGUCUCCAAAGUCACUGACAUGGACUCUUAUCUGGUGCCUUACAUGGGAUUUAAUUUCACCAGUGACUUCACAACAGAAUUGCUGGUUUCACCAAUGGGCGGAGAAAAGCUGUCCUGGAAGUUGCCACUGGCCCCUUCCCGGAUUUAUUGUUCUCCCAGUAUCUCAGCGACUUCAUUGAAGGUAUUUGACUUCCUGUUUCAACCUGGACCUCUCAGCAUAGAUGAGCAAGAGAAGGCAGAACUCUCUGAAAGAAUGAUCCUGACUGAUUAUAUGAAAUACUUGCCUGGCCCCAGACCUGCAGAGGCUGUGGAUUUGGAAAUACCUGAGUUUGGAAUCUCCCCAUGUUCUUCUCCACUCAGUGUAUGUUCAGAGGCCCAGCCUGAGGAAGAGGUUGCUGAAGCUGAGAGUGAAUCCACUGAUACAGAAUUGCUACAGCAAAUCCCAAGCACUGAACAGCAGCAAGUCAGUGAAGAAACAGACAAGGAGAGAAAAAAUCUUCUAACAGAGGGAGAUUUCUGUUUGGACAAAACUCAGACUUUACAGAUGAAGAGAAAAACAGGUAUUAAAAGUCUUCUUUUAUUGUUGGCUUUUAUUGUAUAUCAUAGUUCUACAGAUAUUCUCCCCAGGCAUGAGCCUACUCUUAUCAGAGGCAAAACUUACAUUGACUUUCAUAGUGCAGGACCAGGGUCUUGA